CUUAUCUUGUCUUGUCUUGUCUUGUCUUGUCUUGUCUUGUCUGCAUCAUCGACGAGUCUGACUCCUCUUCUAAUCGCAAAACCGACGUGGUCUGGGUCAAUUACAGUCACCGCCAGCACCAAGCGCCGAUUGCACGACGCAAAACGACGGCGACAUCAUGGAUGAAGAUCAGGGCCCAAGCCAAAUCGUCCCUGGGACAGCUCCCAAGCGGACAAUGGGAGACCGCCUUCGCAGCACCAAGAACAGAUUCUUCACCAAGGAGGGCCUGAUUGGCGACUACGACUAUGCUUUCCUCUUUACCCCGAACUUGCCAUUCAUGAGGAAGAGUCGCAAAGCCGCUCCCUUCUUUGGCUUGAACGACCGGAUGCCUACGCUCUUGGCCCUGUUGCUAGGGUUCCAGCAUGCCCUUGCCAUGUUGGCUGGCAUCAUCACGCCGCCUAUCCUGCUGAGCGGCGCUGCAGGUGCCAAUCUCACUGGGGAGAUGCAACAAUAUCUUGUCUCAACAGCUUUGAUUGUCUCCGGCUUGUUAUCCAUGAUCCAAAUCACCAGAUUUCACAUUCUGAAGACUCCCUAUUAUAUCGGAACUGGCUUAAUCUCCGUAGUCGGAAUCUCCUUUGCCAUUAUCCCGGUUGCUCAGGGAGCCCUCUCUCAAAUGUAUGCCAACGGAUUCUGUCCGAUGGAUGGGGAGGGAAACAAGCUCCCGUGCCCCGACGGAUACGGCGCCAUCAUCGGCUCCAGUGCCCUUUGCGCUCUGAUCGAAAUUGCGAUCUCCUUCAUGCCCCCUAAGGUGAUGCUUCGCAUCUUCCCGCCCAUCGUGACUGGCCCGACAGUCAUGCUCAUCGGCAUCCACUUGAUCGAGACUGGUUUCCAGAACUGGAUGGGUGGCUCCGGCCCUUGUGCCAACCCGACUUCCGACUUCUUCGCCCGGUGCCCCAAUAUCUCCGCGCCUCAUGCCCUCCCCUGGGGCUCCGCCGAGUACUUGGGCUUGGGUUUUUCCGUCUUCGUGACCAUCAUUCUCUGCGAGCGAUUUGGCGCGCCCAUCAUGAAGUCGACAUCCGUUGUUAUUGGUCUCCUCGUUGGAUGCAUCAUCGCCGCUGCGACUGGUUACUUUGACCGCUCCGGAAUCGACAGUGCCCCUGCUGCCUCUUUCAUCUGGGUGCACACCUUUAAACUCACCCUUUACGGGCCGCUCAUAUUGCCUUUGUUAGCCGUCUAUAUCAUCUGCGCCACCGAGGCCAUUGGUGACAUUACUGCUACCUGUGAUGUCUCUCGCCUUGAGGUUGAGGGCCGUCUUUUCGAGUCCCGUAUCCAGGGAGGCGUCCUCGCUGAUGGUAUCAACGGCGUUCUUGCGGCCCUAAUGACCAUCACACCUAUGACAACCUUUGCUCAAAACAACGGAGUAAUCGCUCUCACCCGCUGUGCUAACCGUAGCGCCGGCUACUGCUGUUGCUUCUUCCUCAUUAUUAUGGGCAUCUUUGCCAAAUUCGCUGCAUCGCUCGUCGCCAUCCCAUCCUCUGUGCUUGGAGGUAUGACCUCCUUCCUCUUCACGGCUGUUGCCGUCUCCGGGAUGGCCAUCAUCACAAAGGGUGUGCCUUUCAACCGACGAAACCGCUUCAUCCUGACCGCUGGUCUCACACUCGGCUAUGGCGCCACUCUCGUCCCUACGUAUUUUGACAACGUCUUUACGUAUGCUGGUGACAACCGCGGCCUGAGGGGGUUCCUCGACGCCAUCGUACUCAUCAUGGAGACGGGCUUCGCUAUCACAGCCUUCGUCUGUAUGUUCCUCAACUUUGUGCUCGACGAGGAGAUUGAGGACACAGAGGGCCAUGAUGUCAUCCCCACCACUGGAAUCGUUACUCCAAAGGACGUCAAUGGCGGGGAGAGUGCGCGGGGAGCUGAUUCAGAGGAUAUUCAGCCCGUUGGGCAUAACACCACCGGCAAGCGUGAUGAGAAACUGUCUUGAAGCCGAGGGCUGUGUUGAUUUCAAUGGAGUGGAUGGCUGUGCGAUGUUGCAUUAAAAGCUGAGGGUUUCGUGUGUUUGAAUGUGUUUUUGAUCAUGUACGAAGUAUGAAUACCCGCCCUCACUGUCUCAAAUUCACUCUGAGCCAUUGUUGUGCAAGCCAUGUAUCUUACCGCAACGAGACUUUACUGUGCCCCUUGCUUGGAGUAUCUGGUGGCAUUAUGUCUGACUACUAGCCCUUGACACUAAGUAUGGGCGAGAAGAUCGCGCUUUAAAGACUUCAGCAUCAUAAAGCAGAUCAUCAAGGUAGAUAAGUGACAACCGAAUUGACGCCACAGAAAGCUACGCUUCGGAUACCUGACGUCUCAUGCGAAUGCUGCAUCGUCGCCUUAAC